GCGCGUCACGCGUCAGGCGUUCAACGUUUCGCGGCAAUUCGCUCUCUGCUGCUCGACUGCAGGAAGAUAUCGGCCACUAGGCACAUAUGCUGCUGGGGACUUCGUGAGGUAUUAUUUUGUACUUUAUCUCCUUUUGGAUAAGGUAAAGACAGCCGGCGUUGCGUGGAAACUUCGUGGACGACGCGCCUGCACUCCAUCGGUCAUCAUCGCGCCAAAGAGGAGUGGGGAAGAACCGACGAAAACAGGAGAGAGAGAGAGAGAGAGAGAGAGAGAGAGAGAGAGAGAGAGAGAGAGAGAGAGAGAGAGAUUGUGCGGCGGGGGGGAGGGGGGUGAUCGCGCCGUUGGCGGUUUGGUCGGUAUCUCCAUUUGGAUAAAAUUCGCAUGCACGUGCCUCCUUACGUUGUAGAAGUGUGUGCGUGCGAUUCACGUGCAUAUCAAGGGCGUGAGCUGACGGCAGAGCUCGACCAGAGCGGCGGUAAUAGCCGGAGAGAGAGAGAGGAGGCAAGGAGGAGCGAGAGAGGUGGGUGGUCGCCGUUGACCCAAGUGCGUGACCGUGCGCGCACUGAGGGCGGAGCGAUGGCGACGACGGCUGUCCGCACGGCGGCGGCGGGUUUGACCGUUGGGGCGGCGGCGGGAAGCGCGGCACAGAGCGAUGGCCUGCGGAGGAGAGUACACGUGGUGGAAGUGCGUGCCGCGUCUGCCAGGAAGGGCGCGCCGAGUCCGAAUUUCUUGAGCUCUUGCUGCAUGUCCAGCAAGAGGUGUGCGGCGCUGUCGGGGCCACGUGGCGGCGUUGCGACGGCGGCCGUCUUCGCGCAAGCGGCGGCGGGCCAGCAACACCGCGCUGGUGAUGGCGGCGCUGCUGCCGCGGCUCACCAUGCGCCGCCGUCUGGGGGCGGUCUUUUAAGACCACAACACGCGCAUCUUAGCGGAGCAGGAGGGGGAAGAGGACGAGGAGGAGAAGUGGCACCCUCGCCCACUACGAUGGGCCGUAUGCACCGUAUGCAUACGGACCAUCGCUGCCCGACUCCUGUGGCGGCGGCCGUGUCUGUGGGACAGGAGGAGGCGGCGCUGUCCGACACCGUGAAUAUUGCCGAUGAUGUCACGCAGUUGAUUGGCAGCACCCCGAUGGUCUAUCUGAACCAGGUGGUGGAGGGGUGUGUGGCCAGUGUGGCUGCCAAGCUGGAGCUCAUGGAACCGUGCUGCAGCGUGAAGGACAGAAUAGGCUACAGCAUGAUUAAGGACGCGGAGGAGAAGGGACUAAUUACCCCGGGAAAGAGCGUGCUUGUGGAACCGACGAGUGGCAAUACCGGGAUCGGGUUGGCCUUCAUCGCGGCGGCGAGGGGGUACAAGCUGAUCCUGACGAUGCCGGCCUCCAUGAGCAUCGAACGGCGCGUGCUGCUCAAGGCGUUCGGCGCGCAGCUGGUCAUCACCGACGCCGCCAAAGGCAUGAAGGGAGCUGUGCAGAAGGCGGAGGACAUCGUUCAGGUCACUCCCAAUGCCUACAUGCUCCAGCAGUUUGAGAACCCCGCGAAUCCCAAGAUCCACUACGAGACCACGGGGCCGGAGAUCUGGAACGAUAGCGCGGGAAAGGUGGACAUCUUCGUGGCGGGGAUCGGGACCGGAGGGACCAUCACCGGGGUGGGUCGGUAUCUCAAGGAGAAGAAUCCCAACAUCCAGGUGAUCGGGGUCGAGCCCAGCGAGAGCAACAUCCUGUCCGGGGGAACGCCCGGGCCGCACAAGAUUCAAGGGAUCGGGGCGGGUUUUGUGCCGGGCAUUCUGGACGUGGACGUCCUCGAUGAGGUGAUUCAGAUCUCCAGCGAUGACUCGGUGGAGAUGGCCAAGCAGCUGGCGGUGAAGGAAGGGCUGCUGACCGGGAUCUCGUCCGGCGCGGCCGCCAUCGCGGCCAUUCAGGUGGCCAAGAGACCCGAGAACGCAGGCAAACUCGUUGUUGUUGUUUUCCCCAGUUUCGGCGAGCGGUACCUGUCAUCGGUGCUCUUCAACCAUGAGGAUGGAGCCAGAGCCUUGGGAGGGGCUGGCGGGAAAGAGGAGUGGGGUGGGGGAGAGGAGGGAGGGUGAAAAUAGACUAAGGCGGUAUUUUGGAGAGCAUGUAAAAAUAAACCAAUACAACUGUAACUCAGUUGGUAAGGCUCGCAAGUGGCAUUCAGGAGGCCGUGGGUUCAAUCCCCAUUGCCCUCAUGUACCUUCCUGGGCAUGCUUGGCACCAUCUACGUGUAGAGAUAGACCACUGGAUCCCCUCUCCCCCCCGCCCCAUCGGCAUUUAGCAGAGUCUGCUGAUAUUCCUGGGGGGGGGGACCACCACCUGAGGGGGGGGGAGGCACAGGGAUUGGUCUUGUUGGCAUGGUUCCUGAUGCUACCUACCGGCUGUCCCCUGGCCGGUAUCGCCCACCUGCAGGUUGGGAGCAGCCCCUGCAUGUUCUCUCGUGAACACAGUUCUGGCUGCUACGGGGCUCCCCGUAUGCCUACAAUUAGGAGUAGUGGUAGGUAAAAACAAAAUAAUAAUUAAAAAAAAUUGUGGUAGGGUGAGGUGAAAUUGAGAGAAUAAUAUAUAGCUUCAAAAAAAAAAAAAAAAAAAAAAAGGGGAAAGGAUAUUGGCAAUGUAGUAUGGUCUACGCCCGGUGGUUUGGGGUCCGAUUCUAUGAUAUUAUAAAAUAUAUAGAGCCAACUACAGGUAUAGAGCCAACUACUGGUAGGUGGCCGAGUGGCAGAAAAAAACACGUACCGGAGGGCCACUUAUGCGCGCCAAGUUUGAAAAUGCAAUAAACGCGGCACCGCAUUUUCUAGUAAGCCUAGGGCCACUUAUGCGCGCCAAGUUUGAAAAUGCAAUAAACGCGGCACCGCAUUUUCUAGUAAGCCUGGUGGAGGCGGGCUGCGACGUGCAGAGGGCCUGAGUUUGAAAACGGUUGCUGUUUUUGCUUAUUCCAAACUGCGGCCGCAAGAAAAAUGCCCUUCAGUGUUUUUUUUUGCCUAUGCGAAACUCAAACCAUGACUUAGGCGCAGCUGUUUCAAGUAUAUAUAUAUAUAUAUAUAUUAUAAAAUGUAAUGCUUCUUUAGAAGGCCACAUGCACUGCGAAUUUAUGAGCCAAAUCUGACCGCGAUUUGAACCAAAUGCUGUCAAAAACAAAGCCGGAGGUGUGAGUAUGGCCCAAGGAGGAUGGAAAAACCCGCACCAUGCAGAAUGUCAAUAGGCGAGCGAGCAUAGGAACACAAAAUGUAUAGCUUCUUUGUUCUAGGUUGUCCUUCCUUUUCAUAUCACCUUCCUUCUUCUUUCUGCCACUUCUUUCUUUCCUUUGUUCCCCUCCUGGGACCAUUCCUGGGACCAUCCCUCGGACCAUUCCUGGGACCAUUCCUGUGAGUGGGACCAUUCCUGGCACCAUUCCUGGGACCAUCCCUGGGACCAUUCCUGUGAGUGGGACUAUUCCUGGGAGUGGGACCAUUCCUGGGACCAUUCCUGGGACAAUUUGUGGGACAAUCCCAUGUACUAGAGCCAGUCCUCAUCCUGCAUUUCACAUCUUUAGUCACAACCUCCUUUUCAAUUCUGCAUUCCAGUCUUCUUCCAUUAGACCUCCCUCGAUCUGUUUUUGAGCUUUUUCCAACCCUUGGAGCGAGUCCUCUGUUCCCAUCCUCCCAACCCUCCCAACCCUCCCAACAAUCUGUGCUUAAACUUUGUUUGAGCCUGGCCAUUCUAUUUUAUUUUAUUUUUAUAAUUUUACGUUUGGCUUAGAGGGUGAUAGGCGUUCUUAGGACUUGCUGACUUCAUAAUUGGAUAUGACACUUUGGACUUGAUUUCUUUUGUGGAUCUACUUCGGACUGGUAAAUAAUAACUCGACGACGGAGGAAGAGCACGGCGGCAAUGGAAUGCGCUCACAGCAAUGGAAUGCUCCUCUAUCUUCUUGCUUUUGUUUAUUGCUUAGGACUAGCUGACUUCAUAAUUGGAUAUGACACUUUGGACUUGAUUUUCUUUGUGGAUCUACUUCGGACUGGCAAUUAAUAA